AUGGCGACUUUAGGUUAGAAUGUAUAAUUAUCAUAAACACUUGCAUCUUAAUUUUUAAUAAUAUUACAUUUUUAAUAAUAUUACGAUACUUAAUAAUAUCAGUGAACUUGAAUUUUAAUAUUUGAUAAAAAAAAAAGUAAAGAUGAGAAUUGCUGUAGAAGGUUGUGCACAUGGUGAAUUAGAUAUUAUUUAUGAAACUAUUCAAGAAAUAGAAAAAGCUAAUGGAAGAAAGAUAGAUUUACUUAUUUGCUGUGGGGAUUUCCAAGCAACAAGAAAUUUAAGUGAUUUAAAUUGUAUGGCAGUACCUGAUAAAUAUAAAGACAUGUGUACCUUUUAUAAAUAUUAUUCUGGAGAAAAGGUUGCUCCUGUGUUGACAAUAUUUAUUGGAGGUAAUCACGAAGCUUCCAACUAUCUUCAAGAACUAUCAUAUGGAGGAUGGGUAGCUCCCAAUAUUUAUUAUUUAGGAUAUGCUAAUGUGAUAACAGUAGGUGGUAUUAGAAUUGCAGGAUUAUCAGGUAUUUAUAAAAGCCAACAUUGGAUGCAGGGACAUCAUGAAAAACCACCAUAUACUGAAAAUACAAUCAGGAGUAUAUAUCAUACCAGAAAUUUAGAGAUAUUUAGAUUAAAGCAGCUUUCUGGUAAUAUUGAUAUUUUCUUGUCACAUGAUUGGCCAUCAGGCAUAACUAAAUAUGGAGAUGAAAGUAUUUUAUUAAAAGGAAAACCUUUCUUCAAAAAUGAUAUUGAGAAUAACAUGCUUGGUAGUCCACCAUGCAUGGAGCUUUUGGAACAUCAUUACCCAAGCUAUUGGUUUUCUGCUCAUUUACAUUGUAAAUUUGCAGCUCUUGUUCCUGAAAAAGGAGGAAUAAGGGUAACUAAAUUUUUAGCUCUAGAUAAAUGUCUUCCAAAAAGAAAAUUUCUUCAAGUACUUGAAAUAGAACACAAUUCUGAUUUACCAUUAAAGUUACAUUAUGACUUAGAAUGGUUAACAAUAUUAUAUUUGACAAAUCACUUAUUAAGUGUCAAAAGUGGAAUUCAUUAUAUGCCUGGACAGUAUGGUAAUACCAGAUGGGUAUUUACACCAACUGUAGAAGAAAAGGCAAUAAUUUUGAAUAAAUUUAAUUGUGAUUUACAAAUUCCAUUGAAUUUUAUACAAACUGUAAAACCAUAUAAUCCUGAUAGUACAGAUGUAUCAGUAGAACCACCACAAUUGAUAGUAAAUAAUCAAACAACUCAAUUUUGUAACACUUUGGGUAUUGAUGAUCCAUCUGCUUUACUACUAUUAAUGAGUAAUAUAAAAGAGUUGAAAUCAAAUGAAUCAUUGAUGGAAACAUCAUUUGAACAAAUAUCUACUUCUCACGAAAUUUCAAUUUCAUUCGAUGAAGAUAAUGUCUUAAGUUCUACAUUUGAUGGAAGCAUAGUUAGUGACUCAUUUAAUCGAACAUCGUCAUCAAAUUUAUCUCCAAAGAGUAAUAAUGAAGAACAAGAAUCAGAAAUAAGUAACAAUAAAGAUGUUGCAAAUGAAAGUUUUAGUAGUUUAUCAUCAGCAAUAAAUUAUGAUUCUACAGAUGAUAGUAAAUGAUACAUUAUUAUUUUAUUAUAAUGUACAUAGUAUUCUUUAUGUAAUAAUGUAUUAUUAUGUAAUAAUGUAUUAUUUAUGUUUCAGAUAAUUACAUUAUUCAAACUGAACCAAAUCGUAAGAAAUUUAAACGUCGGAAUUAUUCUAUAUAUUCAAAUACACUCUAAUCAGGAUAAUUUUAAUUUGGAAUGCCUAACUUCCAAAAAAACAAUGUGUAUAUGAAGAACUUUUAUGUGAAUGUGUAUGUAAUUUUACAUUUUAAUUUUUUGUAAAAAGUUUUUUUUAUUAAUAUAAGAAUAAUGUAUGUUAAUUAUAUUAAUUUUUUAUUUAAUAAAUAUGCAUUAACUGUUUGCAUCCUGUUUUCCUUUAUUAUUUUAUUAAUAUACGUAUAAAUAUAUAUAUAUAUAUAUUAUAUACAUACGCGCGCGCGCGCGCGUGUGUGUGUAAUACAAAGUAUAUGUCAUAAGUGUUUAGGUUAGAAAACUAUGCUUUCAUACGAAGUGACACCGAUAGUAAACUGAAUAAACGAAGUAAUUCACUUUAUUCCUAGUAAUUAAAUUGUUUUCAUAACAAUGAUACUAUACUAAUUAUUUUUAAUAAAUUAAAAUAAAGUUAUUUAA